GAUGAGUGUGAAUGAGGCGUGCAAUUUAUAAAAGUGUAGAAACGCUUUCAAGCAUUAAAUCUUCGUUCACAGAACAUUAAAUCAGUUUCACUUGAAACAUCAACUGGAGGUACAAUGAUGGAGUCUUCGGACGUCCCGAUCAGCACAGAUCCAUCUACAGCGGCUGUUACUUCAAUUGGUAACAAGCCACCGACAGGGAAGAACAAUCAGAGAUCAGACCAGAACACACGACAGGACGCCACGAGAUUUCCAACAAUCUACGAACAGCGACUUGCUCUGCAAGUCAAUGUGGUCUGUGCUCUGCAGAGUUCGUCCCAGGGUGAAUUGUCGAAGUGGCUGGCGAUAGUGCUGAGCUGCAUCGAGCGCAGGAAAGAGUUACACGGAAUGUUAUCUGCUGCCAACUACGACAUACCUUACACCAUAGAAGAGGCAAAGGAAAUUGAAGCAAAUGGCAAGAAAGCCAAAGAAGUACUGUGCCAGUUCAAACGAAUGACGUCAUUACUGAUGGCCAACGUGGAAUCACAGACUGAAAGUUCACAAUCUACCUCUUCACCAAAACAUUCCAAGUAUUCCUCCAACAAGUUGAGUAAAGGAACCUCAGGUGCAUUAUCGCAGGCCCAGAGUAGCACGUCAAGUCUUAGACAAGAAGCAGCCUUUAAAGAUCUACAGUCUUCUCCAGGUAUACUCUCAAAAGAACAUUCCAAAGAGAUCUUGGAUGAAAGUGUUGGAAACGUCCAGAGGAGUAGCCCAAAUGGACAGGUGCAGCCUGAGAGCUCAGGGUCAGAUUUAAACCUUUCCAAGGAGGAGUCUGCAGAAAGGAUAUCAAGAUCAACUGUUAAAAAAGGAACAUCGUCUGAAAGCCAACAUUCUUCACAGUUUCAAGUCUUAAAAAUGUCAUCUUUGAAGACUGCAUCGGUCGCAGAUAACAAAACAACUGCUGCCAAUUUGUCUCCAGCUAAGAACGCACCUACAUCACAGAGUCCUCAGAACAGAAUUCCUGACUUAACGGCUUACCCAUCCAUCGAUCCAAGCGAGUUAGAGUUCAUUCUGUCGAACACAGGAAGAAGAGUGAUGCUUGGGUCUGGUAACUACGGUGAGGUCUUACUGAUGCGUCGUCAAGGAGACAGCACCUUGCUGGCAGUCAAGGUACUGACUAGUAACUUCUCGCUCUUACAGCACGAAGUUGCAGCUAUGCACGCCGUGAGGAACUGCCCCUUCUUCCCAAAAUUCGUUGGCGUCAUCGACUAUUGCUCCUAUGCACAGGAGUUGGUGGGCGGAGUGGGGACAAACACUGCCUACAACUUCAGCAUGGCGCGGUACCAGUACAAUCUCCUAACAGCGUUGGAAUGGCUACACGUCUGCCGAAAUGUCACCGAGGGCUUGAAAGAUCUGCACGCUGCUGGCUGGCUCCAUAACGAUCUUCACUGUGGGAAUGCUAUGGUGUGUCCCAACCCACCAGGCUCCGAGGUAGCAUGGAGUGGAAAGAUCAUCGACCUAGGAAACGCCCAACAGAUUUCCAGUUCCCGCCCCCUGGUAGUCUUGGAUGAGGAGCAACAAAACAUCUUCUACAAACUUGCCAAACAAUGUGCCCCUGAAGUGCUUGAAGGCAGAGACACAUUCACCGUGAAAUCAGACAUCUACAGCCUCGGCAAACUCUUCGUGGACGUGGCUGGUGAUGCAGACGUUCUUCACGGCCUGCGGUUGCUAGGAGAGUUCUCCUGCAUGAGGCGAAGUCCUGGCGCCCGACCCACCCUGGACACCAUCUCUGGAAAACUCAACGAUCUCAUCUCACAGAUGGUGAAGGCUGAGCAGCAACCUUCAGGGCCUUCUACUGAUCUUCCUUCUGCGUCUUCUUCUUCGUCCUCUCUUCGUCGUCAUCUUUCAUAA